AAUAUAGAGAUAGCCAGAAGAGCAACAUAGUCCGUCAUUACUUAUCGCUCUGUCCUUAAGAACUGAAAUGCUAUUUCAAAAAUCACCUGUCCACUCUACACAAAAUCAUCGAAUGACAGAAGUCUUUAAAGAGCAACCCAUGACUGCCUUUACACGCCUUAAGAACUUGGAGGAUGUGUGCUGAGGAGCAGAUAAGACAAUUCAUUGUCCAAUGGAGCUAAAAUACCGAGACCUUCAAUAGUCCAGUCAUACAAUAUCGUCUUGAAAAUCAGCAGAAUUGAUUAAAGUCAGACACUCUGAUUAGGGCUUGGGAUUCCAGUAGAAAUGGAAAUAGAGUAUAGGUGGGCAAACACAGACCCCUGGGUACACCAGACGGGUGCCUAGAAGAAGCAAGUAUCCCGUGUCGACUGGCCACACCCGCCUUGAGCCCUACAUCUUCAUCAGGUAAACAGAAUUAUCCGUAUUCAAAACAAGUGUUCCAAGAGUGGCCUUACAACUGGUAUGAAACACGUUGACUCAAUGAUAGGUUGUAUAGGCAAACUAGAUCGUUAUAGCGAUCAUAGAAUUUGCGAAAAGCUGACUUUAAACGAGACUGUUUCACAAUUCAUGCUCUUAUGUAUCUUUAAAAAUGAAACUUCUUAAGGUUUUCAAUGUACCAUGACCAUAUAUCAUAUGUUGUAUUAAGACAAUUUAAAAAGAAAUUAUAUUAUCUACAAAUCAUUUAGAAAAAGGUUGCAUAAACUUUCUCGUUAUAAACAUUUGAAAUAAAAUCAAUCAUUUGUCACACAUGUUUUCAGAAAAUUGAAUUCUUCUAAUUUUACCAAGGGUAGAUUGUCUCUCGUGCAAACAGAUUGGCUUCUAAUAAUAUUCACCAGUUAUGUGGAUUUGAUCUACGCCAAUUCCAAUUAUCAUUUUACAAUGAUUAUUUAAAUUUUCAUUUAAAUCAUUCAAAACAUAUCCGUGUUGAAUGUCUCCAGUGUAAAUACCUAAUUGCUAAAUUUAAACGUCUAAAUAUAAACACAUAUCUAUUGUUUUCUGACAAUUACUGAUAGAUUGAUUGUAAUCGUCUCAUUGGGAAGAACAUAUUCAGGUAAGAUGAUUUAUAAUCAACUCCUUUUUUGAAAGAUAUUGUGUUCUGGUGAGAUUUUUCAUUCAUUUGGAUAUAAUUAUGGCCAACUGUCAAAUUUUCAAAAGAUUUUGUAUGAAACUUAUAAUCUAUAACCGCCUUAAUGUUCACCAGGCACGCGUUUGUUGUAUAUUUACCCUAAGUACCAAGUUCAAAUGAACUUUGAUGAUGCAGGGUUGUCAAGUUUUCAGAGUACCAGCACAAUUUAGAAAUGGUGAGAAGGUAUUCAUUUAGAUAUCGGAGUCAACAUCCUGAAAUGUAUCCUGAAGUCUGUGGAAUAUGUAAACCACAACGUCGCUUUUCGGCACCAUCGCAUAAAGCUCAGCAUGACGAAAUGAAAUAUAGGCCAAUUCAACAACAGAGGUUCUACGAUCAUUCAAUGCAUCUUACACACAGUGGUGUUUUCUACCCGUCUUCUAGUUCUUCCGUCACCACGAUAACAGCAAGUGAUCUAAACACAUUUGUGAUGAAAGAAAUCGAACCUGAUACAGAAUACAACAAAAGUUGUAAAGAGGUAGUUGAUCAGCUUUGCCAAUUCAUGCAACACGAUUUUCCCAAUGAAUUGAGACCAUCAGAAAUUAUCAAGGGUGGAUCACUUGGAAAGGGCACAGCGGUAAAGUGGAAGUCAGAUGUAGAUCUUGUUGUCUUUCUGGUGCGUUUUGAUUCCAUACUUGAGCUGCAUCAAGCUAUAAAAGACAUUUUGGACGGGAUGAUAUCUUCCCUCAACAGUAAAAAAGAUUUGACUGUGGAGAGAACUAAUGCCCACGCUGUCAAAGUCUCGCUGUCAUGUCACGCCGGUCAUACUCACAAGGUUGACAUAUUGCCAAGAGUUAAUGUUCUAGGGACUAGUGUUAAUCUUCUAAGAACAGAAACUAAAAGAAAAAUAUACACGACAAUGGGCGCCCAAUCACCAUCUUUACGUGAAUACUAUUCCGCGGCACUAGCCCCACUACAGAUUUCUUUUGUUUCCGAUGUUCCGACGAAAGUGAAAACCUUAAUACGCUUGGUCAAAUACUGGAGGAAAACCUGCUUUGAAGAGAGCACCAGGAGAAAACGACUGCCGUCCUCUUAUCUUCUGGAAUUGAUAACAAUUGGGGAAUGGGAAGACGCUGGAGGAUCAGUCAAUUUUGACCUGAUGAAAGGGUUUCUCCAUGUAUUGUUGGCCAUUGCAGACUACAAGAGAUUGAAACAUGCAUGGAAUACUAAUUAUGAUCCCAAACAGUACACCAGGAGUUACUCCUGCUAUGUGAUGGAUCCAGCCAACCCCUUCAACAAUGUAAUGGAGCCCUGUGACUGCUGGGAUCUUGUGGAGAGCAAGGCAAGACAGUUCCUUCACAUGUCAGAGUUUAAUGGAUUAUCCAUCUCGAGCGGCUGGAUAUAAAUAUGAUGCAUGUAAUUAAUGUCAUUUGAUUAAUUGCAGCUGAAAAUAAAAUUCAAGAUUAA